UCAAUUGUAAUUAGAUAGCUUACAGCUAGACAUUUUUACUUCAUGACAAGCCGUUGGUGUCGACCCUUUCUGCUAAAACUAAUGCAUCAUUAUAUCUCUCACCAAAAUUGCAUUAUUUGAAUUGGCUACUACUGUGUAUUGUAAGUGGUAACGAAUAUGACUUCUGUCAAAAUUCUGUGAAGAUCUACAAUAAAUGUUGUUUACCCAGCAGGUGGAUAUGACGUCACGGAUUUGGAACAUCAGAAAAUAACAUCCACAUUCGCGAUAAUUUUUUCUUUCCAUGCGAAUUAAAAUGUAAUAACAUUAGAAAGAGCUCGCUCUCUUAUUCGAGACAGAACGUGGCGUGAAGUCUAGAUUAUUUUACCGGUAACAGCGCUCUCCGUGAAUGCAGCAGAGAUGUAUCCUCGCAGUUAAAGUUAGUCCCCCAAGCGGAGUAAUGUUGGUAGUAUUUACAGUGUGAAUAUUGCAUGCUUACUUGGUAUACAAGAUCGAGUGUACAGUUCAUUAUCUCUAGCACAGAAUUGUCUACUGCGUGCACCUACCAUUGUCGAUUGGUGUAAUCUGUGAACUCCUGAUGGUCCCGCCUCUGAAGACCCUGAGCUGAAUUUUCAUUGGAAGAAUGGAACGCCAGUCUUUCCUACACAAGUGAACACGUGGGUGCUCUGAUUGGCUGAAUACUUUCUGCACUGUUGUCUGGCUGGCUGCCAGCGCCUGCCUUGCCCCUGAUCAGAAGUGAACGUGACAUUUGUGCGGAGCCUGGAGACUCCAGUGGUGACCCCCUGUGGAGACAGAGAUCAAAGGCAAGGAGGCUGAAGUCACUACACUGGAACUGAAGAUUGCUUUAAACGAGCAAGUCAUUGUAGAAGGUUUUUAAGUCAUGAUGCAAGAAUCUGGGACCGAGGCGACAAGCAAUGGUCCAGCCAGUCAGAACAGAGCAGCGAGCGUGGAGGACGGGUCCAGGGACGUGAGGCCCAAGAGCGCCACGUCAGUGGACGUCAUGGCAGCUGACCUGAUCCUUCUCCAGCAGCAGCAGGCUCUUCAAGUGGCUCGGCAGAUCCUUCUACAGCAACAACAGCAACAACAACAACAACAACUGCAGCUUCAGCAAGGCACCGAUCUAAAAUCCCCCAAAGACAAUGAGAAUCAGCCAAGCCUACAGGUUCCAGUGUCAGUGGCUAUGAUGACACCCCAGGUAAUAACGCCUCAGCAGAUGCAGCAGAUCCUCCAGCAGCAGGUCCUGAGCCCUCAGCAGCUCCAGGUGCUCCUGCAGCAGCAACAGGCCCUCAUGUUACAACAGCAGCAACUCCAAGAGUUCUACAAGAAGCAGCAGGAACAGCUCCACCUCCAGCUCCUCCAGCAGCAACAUGCAGGCAAGCAGAGUAAAGAGCAGCAGCAGCAGGCCCAGCAGUUGGCCUUCCAGCAGCAGCUCAUGCAGGUCCAACAGCUCCAGCAGCAGCACCUGCUCAACCUCCAGAGACAAGGCCUGCUCACCAUCCAGCCUGGACAGACCGCCCUGCCCCUGCACUCGCUCACUCAGGGCAUAAAUCCAGCAGAGCUUCAGCAGCUGUGGAAGGAGGUGACGAACUUGAAGGAAGAGAACAGCAACAACAGCAACGGCCGCCGUGGCCUGGACCUGUCCUCGCCACAACUCCCCAAGAAGCCCCUCCUCAACCAACACGCCUCCACCAAUGGACAGUACAUGAGCCAUUCUCUGAAGAGAGAAGGAUCCACGCUAGAUGACUACCAACACUCUCACCACAGUCACCCGCUUUAUGGGCACGGGGUUUGCAAGUGGCCUGGAUGCGAGGCGGUGUUUGAGGACUUCCAGUCAUUCCUGAAGCAUCUCAACAAUGAGCACGCCCUGGACGACAGGAGCACAGCCCAGUGUCGGGUACAAAUGCAGGUUGUACAGCAGCUGGAACUGCAGCUAGCGAAAGACAAAGAGCGUCUGCAAGCCAUGAUGACGCAUCUCCACGUCAAAUCCACGGAGCCCAAACCCACCCCACAGCCACUCAACCUGGUGUCCAGCGUCACCCUGUCCAAGACAGCCCCCCAUGAGGCCUCACCCCCCCUGAGCCUGCCCCAGACCCCCACCACCCCCACGGCCCCCCUGACGCCCCUGUCCCAGGCCCACUCCGUCAUCACCCCCAACAGCAUCCACCACAGUGUGGGCCCCAUGCGCCGACGUUACUCUGAUAAGUACAACAUGCCAAUCUCCCCAGAUAUUGUCCAGAACAAAGAGUUCUACAUGAAUGCUGAAGUCAGACCUCCCUUCACGUAUGCCUCGUUAAUACGCCAGGGUAUCCUUGAAUCCCCGGAAAAGCAGCUAACACUAAAUGAAAUUUACAACUGGUUCACACGAAUGUUUGCAUAUUUCAGGCGCAAUGCCGCAACAUGGAAGAAUGCAGUCCGGCAUAAUCUUAGUCUUCACAAAUGUUUUGUGCGAGUAGAAAACGUUAAAGGGGCUGUGUGGACAGUGGAUGAACUAGAGUUCCAAAAGAGAAGGCCACAAAAGAUCACUGGAAGUCCAGCCUUAGUGAAGAACAUCCAGACCAGCUUGGGCUAUGGUCCGGCUCUCUCUGCAGCCUUCCAGGCUUCAAUGGCAGAAAACAAUAUACCUCUAUACACUACUGCUUCCAUUGGAAGUCCUACCCUCAACUCGCUGGCGAAUGCCAUCCGAGAGGAGAUGAUUGGAGCGAUGGACCAUGGAAACAGCAACGGCAGUGACAGCAGCCCAGGACGGUCUCCCUUGCCAGCUAUGCAUCACAUUAAAGAGGAACCGCUGGACCCGGAGGACCACGAAGGCCCCCUCUCCCUGGUGACGACGGCCAACCACAGUCCAGAUUUCGAUCACCACAGAGAUUACGAUGACGACCAGGGCCACGAUGACAUGCUGUAAGGUCGGGCCCCCAGGGGCCCCUCCCAGAGGCAGAACUAACCUUAGUCAUCUGUGAGACGUCACAGAUAAUACAGAUACAAGACUGCAGUCUCAGUCCUCUGAUGACAGCUAUCAAAUGUUUCCAAUUGACUUUUAGUGCCAUUAAAUACAUAGUGAAAAACACAAGAAAGAGAAUACGUCCCACUUGGGAGUAUUUUUGAUUUAUAUCUACUUUUUGGUUUAAGUGAACGAAAAUAAGAAAAAAGUAAUUUCUACUCUACAUGCGUUGGAUGGACAUGUUUGGUACUGGGGAUGACUUCUUGGUCAGCAUGCUGGCUUCAAAUCCAGGAUGGACUUGGACUUGCACUGUGCAGCCAGUAUGGAUUGCAUACAGCCCACUCAACCACACUGAGCAUGGACUGCAGAGGGGUUCUCUCUCUCACACACACACAAAAACACACACAUGCCCAUAAACUCAAGAGAUAUUGAAUGACGUUUAAUUUACGCUCUGUGUGUGUGUGUGUGUGUGUGUGUGUGUGUGUGUGUGUGUGUGUGUGUGUGUGUGUGUGUGGGGGUAGAUUUUGUUCAUGGUCACUGCCUUCAAAAUUUCAUUGGUUUGCUUCCAUCUAGGGUGGGAGGGAUGUUUUUUGGUGUGUUUUGAGGGUGAGGGGUUUAAAAUAUGUAUUUUCCAUUGUUUGUUGUUGUUGCAUUUGAUUUCUGUAACUGAUCAGACCUCAUGCCCAUGCUGUGGAGUUCUGUAUGGUCAGCACUUAAUGAUGGAUGUUUAAGAUUUCCUUUCUUGUUGUUUCCUCUCUCUUUUUUUACAUGAAGCAGAAUGUCAAAUACCAUGUAGUAUUUUUCUGUCAUUUGUUCCACAUGCUUCAGAAUGCCACCCCUCUAACAUGUAGUCCAUCCUCAUCGCAUCCCCCCAAGCUCAUCAAGUCCAUCCUCAUCGCAUCCCCCCAAGCUCAUCAAGUCCAUCCUCACCGCAUCCCCCCAAGCUCAUCAAGUCCAUCCUCAUCGCAUCCCCCCAAGCUCAUCAAGUCCAUCCACAAUGCACUACUCGUAAUGAAGGCUCUCUCCACGCAUCAAUGAAGUUUCAUUUAAGAUGGGAAUGAAUGACAGAGAAAUCAUGCAGGUUAUGAUUUAUCCUCAUUCAAUUAUAUUUUAAAACAGCCCUUCAGGGCAGUGCGUUAGCUGCAACCAAAUUUCUGAUCAUUCGCAAGCUCCCAGUUUAAGAAAGAAAAUCAAAUGUCAGGUGUGUAUUACAAAGAUAAUAUUUUAGACCAACUAAUUGUGAUUCCUGAACACAACUCUCAUUGUAUAGUUUUCCACACUGUAAUUUCAGUCAUGGACGGAUUGUUUGGCCUUGCUUGAAGAUAUCAAAGUUAUUUUAUUUUACCAUAUGCAUGACCAGUUGGCUCUCAAAAUUGUUUGUGAUUAUUAAUAAUUACACACAUCAGAUGAAAUAUUCAUGUUCUUAAUUUAGGGAUAAUCCCAAAAACUGGCAAUAAGACCUGAUCAUUGCUUCAUUCCAGUAUUGGCAGACAUGUUAUGCCCCCAGAAACCCACACACCACAAGGUAACUGAUGAUCUGGGUACUGUUUGGGGUCAACAUCAGCAGAACCCAAUGACUAAGUCAGAGUAGUGAUGUAGACCCUGCAAUAGGGUGGAUGGGAUUGAUGCUGGGGCUGUGAGGCUGAAUACAAAUGGGCUUGAUCCUACUGUAGUGUUGGUUUAUGAUAUGAAACAGGCUCAUACAAAGACUCACAAACAUUACUUUUUAAAGACUGCAACCAACCACUUUGCAUUUUUUAUUUAUUAUUAUUUCUUUUUUUAUUUGUAACUUUUGUUUUUAGUUGUUGAUGUUUCUAAAAUCUUGUUCAGUGACUACCAAAGAUAAACUACAAAGUAAAAACAAUGUUCUCUGUUUCAUGCAAUAGCAGAUAAGGCCAAAUAUCCUCCAUUCUCUCCCAUUGGCUGUGAAAGGAUCUAAAGAUGGAGUAUAGUCUCAACUGUGUCAAUCCAAUUGCACAUUGAUUAGAGAGGACGCUCCUUAAGCUGUCUGACUGUCAUUAGCUUUAAAGCCAAAGGAGUCUCUUGUUGAGUGCAGUAGCUGCAGGACUUUGCAGUGACCACAACUGAAAGGGAGAGGCAAGAGUCAGACAAACAUUAUGACCAAAUUAGGGGAACAUGUUCUUUGGGCCAACGAGAGGAAAAGGCAUCACUCUGUCUAUCAGCAGCAGAUUGCUGUGCAACCUAGGGGGAUGAAAGGAGAUUAUGGUCAUAAUGAGGAUGGCAAUGAUUUAGCAGUAGACAGGAGAGCUUUGUAGAGAACAAUGUGAAAAGGAUUCUAUACUUCAACUGGACCACCCAAUGAUUAAAUAUUUUGUUUUAUUUUUAUUCUUUAUGAAUUUGUAUCCUUUCCAAUGAUUGUAUGCCACUUUUGAGUGAGUCCUGCUAUCUUGAAGGGAUUCUACUGUUCUUUGUUAACAUUGGUAAGGCUUUAUGAUUGUGUUUAGUUUCUGUCAACGUAUUACUUUUUAUAUUAAAAAACACUCCUGUCAACUAAUAAGCUGGGUACAGGGUACUUUAUGGCAGUUAUUUGAACAUUCCACCAUGCAUUUACUAUUACACAUGAAAAGGGCAGUCUGUGGUUUUCAGAAAAUGUAUUUAAUAUCCAUUAUCAUGCAGCUGUGGGAUGGGUCAGUAACAGCCGGACUGGGAUCGUGAGAACAACUUGAGCUCAUCCAAAUCUAGUCUUUUGCUGGUUUGCUUGGUAUUGUAAAGGGGGAGAUUUGAACAUUCUCAGUAUGUGUAGCUUGACAUUACUAAAGAUAACAGCCUGCGAAAACUGUAUGCAUACCUCAGUUCCAACCUAUAGGGAAUAAUUCAAUGAAAAGUGAGAAAAAAAACUUUCACCCAGUUGUACUUUGUUCUAUGUCUUGCAUGUGUAGUCUAAAACUGGAGAGAGAGAUUUUUUUUGUAAAAAACACCCCAGAAAAGUAUAUGAAUAUAAAAUUAGACCUUGUUUAUCUUGAGGGUCUCACAAUCCAAACCUUAGGCCUUUUUUCAUUAAGAAAUCACCCAGCUUUAUUUGAUCCCAUUUUCCACAAUCUAUUGUCAUUUGUUUGGUCAUGGGCUUUCCAACAGUAGGGUGUACGUACAUGUCCGUAUAGCCUUGUCUUUUUCUUGUCAUUUUCUUUCCUUGUGUCUUUCAAAGAUCAAAAAUGCAUUUGUGUUAUUCUUUUUGCUUUAUCACAACGGCUUUGUAUGAACUAUAAAAUAGCUAUGAAAACUGCUGUAUGUAUUGGAAUAGCAAACUGUGCUGCAAAUGUAUUUUACUUAGUAAUCCUUGCUUAAAAAGUCAUACAUGCAGACAUCUGUGUGAGAUGGGUGGGGCAGGGUUGGGGAUUAUCCCAGAUUUUGGAUUUUAAACUGUAAAAUAGAAAACAGACUUUUCUCUGUUAUCAUUGACCUAAGGAUUUUGUACAGAUUGUUUUCUUCCGUGUGUUAAGCUGUUUUUGAUACUUCCUUUUGAUGGUCUAACCACUGCCUUCUGUGGCUAUAAACAUUAGUGCUCGGAGAAAUGGCAGACAGGUAUAUUUCCUCUACAAGACGGAGAUAUCUUGCAUGACUAAUUCCAGGGUCACAGAGAUGAAAAAUAAUGGUUAAGUGGUCAGUAAUAAUAUAAGGGUGUAUCAAUCUAAUGAUAUUUUAUAUGAAACAAAUAGGGAAAAGAAGAAAAAUAUGCAGUGCCAAGAUGUAAAGAAUAUUUGUUAAAUGCUUUGUUUUUUCCCCAGAGGAAUCCAUUCAUUCCUACAUAUAUUAUCCAAGAUGUGUCAUCAUCAUGUUCAGUACAUCCUCAUUAGGUGAAAUACAUAUCGCUUUUUAGUUGGCCUCUAAAUAUCUAUAUCUCAACUGUUUGGAAAUGUUUAUUUUUUGAUCAGUAAAAAUCAAGCACAGCAGGUAACCGACUUAAGUGGAGCACAAAGGUUCAAGGCUAAAAGUCGGAUGUGAAUCGGACUCUGUACUCAUCCUUGAUAUAUGUUGAUUGUAAAACAAGAAAUAUCAGUAACCUUAUGACUUUGCUGUGCUCUGUGUAGGUGGCAUUAGAUUUCCCCUCAAGACACUUGCAGCCAUGCUAAUUUACCACGGUUCCAUCAAUCAUGACCACCCCACUGUCAUUCACCACUGUGUUGUACCUUCACCCUCUUAACCCAUGCUUCUGGAGGAGGGAUGGAGGGAGGAUGGAUGGAGAGAGGAAGGAGGGUACAGGAGAGCAGCUGUCACAGUGCUUUAAUGCAGCAGCUAAGUUCGUUUUCUGUUGAAGCUGUACUCUGUAGUUUUCUGUUUAUUAACUAAAGAUCCUGCUCAUCACCUCCAUCAUCAGUCUGUAUUCUCCUCAUCAUUCCUGGUCUGUCUGAUGCAGACUAUUUUGUUGUACAGUCAGUCUCAGUAACUGACGUAAGCUUUCUAAAAAUGCAAUAAAAUGCUGGUUGUUCA